ACACAUUCAGCCGAACACAGCUAAGAGCAACAACAACAACAACCACAACAAUAACCACAGUAACAGUGAGGAGUCUCAGCUUGAGUCAAUAGAUGAGCAUUACGUCUGCAACAUUGCGAUGAUGAGCAUAGCCGAGGAAGUUGACCAAACGGCAGGUCAAGCCACUGAUCAGGCACUGGACAAUACAGCAAUCAGCAAUGGCAAAGAGGAGAUGGAAAUUGACCGGCAGGAGGAGGAGCAGGCGAUCAAUCAGCUGGUGCGCUCCUCCAGUGGCGGCGCCCUGAUGGUACCCCAUAACAGCGGCAGCAUGCGUGUCGUCCUUGGCGUCCUGGUGCGCCUGGUGCUGCCUCUGGCCAAUGGCGUCGCCCGCGGCAUUAAGGGCAUACGCGACGUUCGCGUGCUACGAGUCCUGCAGAAUCUGACCUCUAGCCGCCAGGCGCUGACCAACCUGGUGGCAUUCGCUGCCAACACGUUAUCGCUGAAUCUGUCUUCCGUGCAAGUUUCCAAUCGUCUGGGGCCGUUGCUCAAUUUACUCAAAUUGCGCAAGUCCCAAGAUGGCUUGGAAAUUCUGCCAGAUACGCUCAACACACGUAUACCGAUCACACCCAUACCGCCUAAUACGCCCGCAACGCCCAGCACACUGUUGCAGGGGCCGCCUAUCUACAGUCUUCAGAGCUCAAGCUCCAGCUCCUCCAGCUGCUGCACGCUCAACAUUCUUGCCGAGCCGGCGCCGGGCACUCCCAUACGCGCUGACAUUGUGCUUGUGCAUGGCCUGCACGGCUCGCUGGUGAACACGUGGCGCCAGGGUCUGUGGCAAAACGAACGUCAUCCGGUGGAGUUCGAUCGUCCGCCCCGGCCACCGGUGCGUCCACCCAAGCGACCGCGUUAUUCCCGCAGCGCCGCAAUACAUCCAGCGCCUCGAGAGAAACGCGCCAAGUUCGCAUCCUGCAGUCGCAGCCUGGAUGAAGAUGCCACAAGCGUAGAUGGAACCUGGCAGCGGGAAGCAGUGCAACAAACGACUGAGCCACAUCUCUGUAAAGCUUCCGACGAUAACGACAUUGCCGAAGAUUAUGCCUACGUCUGCGGGGACCCGGAGGAUAUUCAAAUAUGUGAAGGCAUCGAGUACAGCUUCCCAACAUUCCGCCUGCGCAUGCACGACAGCAGCCAGGCGCUGCCAGCUGAGCUGGAGUCGAUGCUGCAGGCCGAGACUAAUAACAGCGCCACCAUGGACAGCUCCACGACGCGCAAAUCUGCCGGCAAAAGCAAAAAGAAGCCUUCCGCCAAUGACCCCAACUACUCCAAGUGCUGGCCCGGGGACUGGCUGCCGUUAGACUGUCCGGGCGUCAGGGUCAUAGCUGUCAACUAUACAACGGAUCCCUAUCUGUGGCGUCCGCUGUGGAAGACUAAAGAGCCGCGCUCCAGCCUGAUUCAGCGUUCGCGCGAAAUGGCCGAACUGCUCAUCCAGCAUCGCGUCGGCCACGGGCAUCCCAUCAUCUACGUGGGCCACUCGAAGGGAGGCCUUUUCAUCAAGCAGCUGCUCGUGGAUGCCUGGGAGUGCGGUCGUCCGGCCAUGAGGCCGCUCUGGCAAUCUGCGCGAGGCUGUUUCUUCUACUCGGUGCCGCACCGUGGCUCCCAUUUGGCUUCGAUCAAGGCGCCGCUGUUAUCGCGCUCCGUGGAGCUGCUAGAGAUAGAAAAGAAUAACAAGUAUCUGCUGGAUUUGCAUCGUCGCUUUGCUGGCCUCUAUCACUUGGGUCAUUUGAAGAUCGAAGUCUUUAGCUUUGUUGAAACCGCUCUGACGCUCAUGUCAGUGCUCUAUUUACGAAUCGUGGGCGUGGAUUCAGCCGAUCCCGGUUUUGGAGAAGUAUGCGGCAUACGGCUGGAUCAUCGCGAGAUCUGCAAGCCGCGCAGUCGGGACUGCAUUCUGUACAAAGAGUUGGUGAAAAUGAUUAAAAAGGUGUGCUGAGCUGCCCAUCAAUUAGCGUUAGCCAUAUAUGUAUGCUACAUACAUGCAUCAGGACCUCAAUUAAUUGGAAUCGAUAUGUGAAUAGGCUUACAACUAUAAGUUGCCCGAUAAUUAUGCGUACCCAAGCGCUUCUUCUUGUUAUGGUGCAUAGCAUAGCAUAGCUUAUUGUAUUGCUUUUUUUAUUUUUGCUUUUUAAUUGGUUCAUUCAAUGG